AUGAGGUGGGGCCGUUGUAUGGGGUGCAGGUUGUACUUUGGGGCGGGAACAAAAAGCUCUUGUGGUGAAGAGAGGAAAGGGGAAGGGAGGCACGCGCGAAUAGGCGGCGGCGGAGGCGUCUUCCCAGUAGAUCCAGUGUUCAGGUUGCCCAUCUUUCCAGCCGGCGCGGCGUCGGCGUGCUCCAAGCAGGAUGAGAUUAGCGAGGGCGCGGGCAGGUGGAGAGGUGGGGUGCCGGCCUCUUCUGUGGCUGCCCACGACACUUGCACCGCCGCCGCCGCCGGCGAGUGCAGUGGCGAGAGCGCCCCAUCGGAGUUGGAGGAGUCGGCGGUAAAGCCUGAUCCGAAGUCGACCGGCUGGAUUAGAAGGGUACGUGUGGGCGCAAAUCCAAUUGAGCGGCCACCCUGCCCAGGCAGGAUGGGAGCGCUUGAGAAGACUAUCAGGGGCUUUGUGGACAGGGAGGGGGAUGAAGUAGUGAAGCCAGAGCUAGGGACAAAUUUCGACUCGCUGACAGAGGCUUACGAUUUUUACAACUUAUAUUCGUGGGAGCAUGGCUUCGGCAUUAGAUACGGGAAAAACAUGAUCAAUCCUGAUAGAAGGAAGACCAUGCAGGAGAUUGUAUGUGGAUGCUCAGUAAGAAUAUAAAGCUUCAACUUCACACAAGCAAUACACUUUUACACCUGG